AUGCUGGGUGCUGGUCCUCCGCAUGCGGCGCACGCUGAUCCGGGCUGCACCUGCACAACAUGCCACAUCGUGAAGCGGCGGCCGCAUAAAAAGUCGAGGGGAGGCUGCGAAACGUGCAAGAAGCGCAGGAUCAAGUGUGACGAAGUCAAGCCCAAGUGCGGGCAGUGCUCGAAAGCCCUACACAACUGCAGCUUCGAGUCCUCAACACUGAGCUCAGACCUGGACACCCCAGCCAAUGCCUCUCAUGAUGCCCUCAAUCGUGGCCAAUCUUCCAAGAACCCGAAGGCAAACGGAUCUCGGCAUGAUAUGCCUCAAAGCGACUACUCUACUAGACACAACCAGCAGCUCGGUGUCCCAGUGGCUUCCUCGUCUUCCAGCACCCUGAGCCACACCUCCUCGCCAGGCAGCAGCACAUCGGCCGGUCCAGAGUCUCUACUUCUGGGAACAUCCCUAAAAGGACUCAUCCCAUGGAUAUGGACCGUUGAUGAUCUUGCCCUACUGCACCACUUCCUCACCUGCCCAGCUCUGGACCACGGCGACGCAAUCCUCUGGCGUCAAAAGGUGCCUCUCCUCGCCUUCGAAAAUCAUUCCGUCCUCCACCUCCUCCUCGCCGUGUCCGCGUUUCAUCUAGCUACCAUAAAACCAGACGAGCGAACGAGGUAUCGAGGGCUGGCAGACAAACACUACGAGACCGGCCUGCGUCAGACUAUGGAACUCAUGCCCCGCCUCAGCAUCGACUCCGCUGGCGUCCUCUACAUCGCCACCACCCUCAUCUGCUCCUGUAGCUUCGCUCGCGGUCCCGCGCCGGGAAAUCUGCUCAUAGUCUCGGAUGGCGUUGAGGUGGCCUGGUUCGAGCUGCUCAGGGGCGUCAGGCUCGUCAUUGAGACGGCCGGCUUCGAGGCCAUCUUCUCAGGCGUCCUCGCUCCUACGCCUUCAGAAGAAAAGCCGCCACCGAGGAAGGACCCGUCAGGCCAGGCUUCAGUGUCGCGUUCAAGCCCGACAGCGUCAAGACCCGUUACAUGGGAACAUGCCCUCGGGCGCAUCGCAAAGCUCAUUGCUGACACUGCGGAUCCCGACGAAGCAACUUACAGAAAGAUGAUUCAAUACGUAUCCUCCGCCUUCCAAGAAACCUUUGGAACAUUCGCUGAGCCCACCACCACGUCCGAGGGCAAGAUGGAGGUGAUUAUGGCUUGCAUCUACCGCACCGACGACGACUUCGUGCGAUGUCUCAAAAUGAAAAAGACCAUCGCCCUGGUUGUGCUGGGCCACUUUGCCGUACUGAUCAAGAAGCUCGAGUGGCUGUGGUACAUGCGCGGCUGGGCUGAUCAAAUUCUACAAGGCGUGGCGUCGAAUCUAGAUGCUGCGUACUUGGAUUUCCUGCAGUGGCCGAGGGAAGAGAUUGAAAGACUUGAAUUCGCUACAGGGAAUGAGAAUAGUUACUCUCGAUCUUGA